CACUUGUGUGUUAUAAAAUGAAUUAUUGAUUGAUUUAUUUAUAUAAUAAUUUAAUUACCAACAUUUUGUUCCUGUUUGUAUACGCUUUCUGAUAUGUAAUUCGAUCCAAGAUUCAAUUCAAUCCAAUCAUAUAUUAAUAUGAAUGUGGUUUCUGUAUAUAAUGUCAGCAGUACAGCCACAACAACAGCAACUGCUGUACGGCAAUUCAACGACAUUAUCGUACAGAAAACAUGUCCAGAUUAUUUUGUUUUUGGUAUCGAAACCUCAUUAGGAAAUGGGGUUCGCGCGUUUUUGUAUUUUCUAGCACUUGCUUAUUGCUUUCUUGGAUUAUCAUCUAUAACUGCCCGGUUUUUUCGGUCUAUGGAACAUGUUGUGCAACAAACUAGAAUGGUGUUAGAGGUUGAUCCUGUUAGUAAUACGAAAAUUGUGAAACAUGUUAGGUUUUGGAAUUAUACGAUUGCGGAUAUUACGUUGUUAGCUUUUGGUACUAGCUUUCCUCAGAUAUCUUUGGCUACUAUUGAUGCUAUUCGGAAUAUUGGCAGUUUGUAUGCUGGAGGUUUAGGCCCUGGAACACUUGUUGGUUCAGCUGCAUUUGAUCUGUUUCCUAUUCAUGCGGUUUGUGUGGUGGUUCCAAAAGCUGGAGAACUGAAAAAGAUUUCGGAUUUGGGAGUUUGGAUAGUGGAAUUGUUUUGGUCAUUUUGGGCAUAUAUUUGGCUCUACAUCAUUUUGGAGGUAUGGAGUCCAAAUGUGAUUACUUUUUGGGAGGCUUUGCUGACAGUGCUGCAAUUUGGGUUGUUGCUUUUACAUGCUUAUGCACAAGACAAGCGUUGGCCCUAUAUAUCUCUUCCUCUGGAACGAAAUGUAAGGCCAGAGGAAUGGGUACCAGCAGAGGUCUCACCAAGCAAAAAUGGAAACAAUGUUUUAUCUCCACAUUACGAUGAUGAUCGAGAUAAAGAGAUUGCAGACAUAUUUUCUAUCCAUGAAGGAAAUGAGUCAAGUCCUACAUAUCAACACCUACCUUUAAGUGAUCCAGAGUCAUCUGGUAAGCAUUUUGACGAAACGGACAUUUAUCCAGAACCUGAUAUUGUCUUCAUUUGGAAGCAGCAAUUUGUUGAUGCGCUCAUGAUGGAAAGAACAAAAUUGAGAGUGUCAAGUAACGGUGUUUGGAUGGGAAGGGUUUUCUGGCAUGUUCUUGUGGCGCCAUGGAGACUACUAUUUGCGUUUGUGCCUCCAUAUCAGAUCGCUCAUGGUUGGAUUGCUUUUAUCUGUUCUUUGUGUUUCAUCAGUGGAAUAGCUUACAUAGUUACAAUGCUCACAGACCUAAUCAGCUGUGUUACAGGAAUUAACGGUUAUGUUAUAGCAUUCACUGCAUUGGCAAGUGGAACCUCGUGGCCGGAUUUAGUGGCUAGUAAGAUUGCUGCUGAAAGACAAACAACUGCGGACUCUGCCAUAGCAAACAUUACUUGCAGUAAUUCCGUGAACAUUUAUGUGGGAAUUGGAGUUCCGUGGCUGAUUGACACAGCUUAUAACUUGAUAGCAUAUGGGGAACCUUUGCAUAUUGAGAAUGCACGUGGGCUAAGUUUCUCAUUGCUGGUUUUCUUCUCAACUUCUGUGGGUUGUAUUUCAGUUUUGGUUCUUAGAAGAAUUGUGUUUGGUGGUGAACUUGGAGGACCUAGGGUUUGGGCAUGGAUUACCUGCGCUUAUUUCAUGAUGCUCUGGGUCAUCUUCGUUGUGUUAUCGUCUCUCAAAGUUUCUGGCAUCAUAUGAAUAGAUCUUAGUCGACAAAUCAUGCCUUGCCGGCUUGCCCACAAUUAUUCUUCCUGGGACGCCUUCUAUUCCCAGUUAUUUGUUGUUGUUGUCAUAUACUCAUAUUCAUUGUCCCAUAAAAUGUAUUUUAGAAGCUAUAUCCUAUUUUUGGCUACAAGAGAUCCGAGACAUAAAUUCAUUUGUAACAUUUUCAUACUAAGCUGAACUAUUAUACUUGUUUAA